GCAUUUUCCUACCCAUUCACAGGAGCUGAGGCCAGGCAGAUCCUUUCAGCUUCCUCCUCCGCGGCAGCACCACCUUCUUCCAUUCCUGGCAGAAAGGGCACCAGGGAGGCAGCGUCAAGCUGGCGACCUGGGCGCCCCAGGUCUGCGGCAGCAGAGGGACCCAUUGAUGCACGGAGCUUUCAGAGGUGUUUCCUACGUGGUUGGAACUUUGUGUCCAUUCGAGAGGGAGUACUGAUCUGACGAACAACAGAGCUGACCCAUGGCUGAACCCCAACAGGACAGGAAGGAGGAGCCGGCAGGUGAAUGUAAACAAGGCUCCAACCCACAGAUGCCAGCUGACCCACGGGAUGCCAAACCUGAGGACACCCGUGUAGGUGAUCUAGAGCUGGUGCUUAAAGUCAGAAUUAAGAGUCCCAGAGAAAAUGACUUCAUUGAGGUUGAACUGAACAGAGGAGAGCUGAGUUAUCAGAAUCUCCUGAAAGUCAGUUGCUGCGAACUGGGGAUUGAGCCGGAGCAAGUGAGGGCGAUCAGAAAGCUGCCAAACACACUGCUCAGAAAGGACAAAGACAUUCAAAGACUACAGGACUUUCAGGAAGUAGAACUCAUCUUGGUGAAAAAUGGAAGCUCUGAAUUCGUUGAACACGCAACAUCCCUGACAGAGAAGGCCUGCUACAACAGCAAUGCUGCCAAACUGACCUAUUAGAAAACCCCAGAAAUGAAACCGCCGGUAUCAAUGUUUUGUAAAUAACCAAGUUGGAAUGCAUGUACCGGUUUGCUACCUUCAUGUGCGUACUUUGCAAAAUUGUUCCCUCAUCUCAAACUUCUCUGGGCAGGGAGAAAUUGUCAUAUCAUUUCCUAUUUACACUUUGAAACUUGCCUAUAAAAUGGCAUGACUUGCGUUACUGAUGAGGCCAUUUUUUUUUUUUUUUAGUUUUUUUAAAAAUUUAUUUGCCAGAGACAGUGAGAGAGAGCAC